ACAAGUCCCAGAAAACAUUGCGAAAGUGAGUUGUGUGUAUGUGAAGCGGACGUGAAGAGAGGAAGCUUUAGGAAUUCGUAUGCUGAGUUGGAGCUGCGUUGUUGCUAAAAUAAUGACCUAGCGGUCCAGCUGGCUGCUGCUGUUUCCUCGUGUAUGUGUGUGUGCUUUGGGUUAUGAACAGUGGGAAGACGCAUCGCUACAACCGAUAUUCCGGAGCAGCAGCAGCUGGCACAGCAGUCAUCCCCAGCGGCCCCUCCACGCCUCCGGCUGACUCCAGCAGUGGGAGCAGGAUGGAGGCCUCGUUUGGACCUACCUUCUCAGCCGUGGCUGCAGGAGCUAAAGCAGAAGGGUCCAGCACUUACAAGCAGCACAGAAGAACUCCCUCCUCCUCCAGCACUCUAACUUACUCUCCUCGUGAUGAUGACGAUGGAAUGCCUCCCAUUGGUACUCCACGGAGGUCAGAUUCAGCCAUAUCAGUCCGAUCUCUCCACUCUGAGUCCAACAUGUCCCUGCGCUCCACUUUUUCACUGCAUGAAGAGGAGGAGGACACGGAGCCCCAGGUGUUUGCUGAGCAGCCGUCAGUAAAACUGUGCUGUCAGCUUUGCUGUAACGUCUUCAAAGACCCUGUCAUCACCACAUGUGGGCACACUUUCUGCAGACGAUGUGCCUUGACUUCAGACAAGUGCCCAGUGGAUGCGGCUAAGCUAACGGUUGUGGUGAACAACAUCGCUGUAGCUGAGCAGAUCGGAGAGCUUUUCAUCCACUGUAAAUAUGGCUGCAGGGCCACAGUCAGUGGUGCAGGUGGAGCUGCAGCCUCCAAUGCCACAGUAGCUGGGAAACCUGGAGCGUAUGAGGUGGACCCACUCGGCUGUCCGUUCACUAUCAAACUGUCCACACGCAAAGAACACGAGGCCACUUGUGACUACAGACCAGUCCGGUGUCCCAACAAUCCCUCUUGUCCCCCACUGCUCACUAUGAACCUGGAGGCUCAUCUCAAAGAAUGUGAGCACAUCAAAUGUCCACACUCCAAAUAUGGCUGUACAUUCAUUGGCAACCAGGACACAUAUGAGACACACCUGGAGGUGUGUAAAUUUGAGGGGCUGAAGGAGUUUCUGCAACAGACUGAUGACAGGUUUCAUGAGAUGCAGUUGACUCUGGCCCAGAAGGACCAAGAUAUUGCUUUCCUGCGCUCCAUGUUGGGCAAACUGUCAGAGAAGUUGGAUCAGCUAGAGAAGAACCUGGAGCUCAAAUUUGAUGUGUUGGAUGAGAACCAGAGUAAAUUGAGCGAGGACCUGAUGGAAUUUCGUAGAGAUGCCUCCAUGCUUAACGAUGAGUUGUCCCAUAUCAAUGCCAGACUCAACAUGGGAAUCCUGGGCUCGUAUGACCCCCAGCAGAUCUUCAAAUGUAAGGGGACAUUUGUUGGCCACCAGGGUCCCGUCUGGUGUCUGUGUGUCUACUCCACUGGAGACCUGCUCUUCUCUGGGUCCUCUGAUAAGACUAUUAAGGUAUGGGACACCUGCACCACCUACAAGUGUCAGAAAACCCUCGAGGGUCAUGAUGGCAUCGUACUGGCUCUGUGUAUCCAGGGAAACAGACUAUACAGUGGCUCUGCAGACUGCACCAUCAUUGUGUGGGACAUUCAGACCCUGCAGAAGGUCAAUACGAUCCGUGCCCAUGACAACCCUGUGUGUACACUGGUGUCCUCCCACAACAUGUUGUUCAGCGGCUCCCUCAAGGCCAUUAAGGUGUGGGACAUUGUGGGUACAGAGCUGAAGCUGAAGAAGGAGCUGACUGGUUUGAAUCACUGGGUGAGAGCACUAGUGGCCUCCCAGAACCACCUGUACAGUGGCUCGUAUCAGACCAUCAAGAUUUGGGACAUCCGUUCUCUGGAGUGUGUUCACGUCCUGCAGACCAGUGGGGGCAGCGUCUACUCCAUCGCUGUCACCAACCACCAUAUUGUCUGUGGCACGUAUGAGAAUCUCAUCCAUGUGUGGGACAUCGAGUCUAAAGAGCAGGUGCGGACCCUCACAGGUCAUGUGGGAACAGUUUACGCUCUUGCCGUCAUCUCCACCCCUGACCAGACCAAAGUGUUCAGCGCCUCCUAUGACCGCUCCCUCAGGGUGUGGAGCAUGGACAACAUGAUCUGUACCCAGACCCUGCUGAGACACCAGGGCAGUGUAACAGCUCUGGCCGUUUCCAGAGGGCGGCUCUUCUCCGGAGCUGUUGACAGCACCGUUAAGGUGUGGACAUGCUGAAGGAACAGUUUGCUCUGCAGUUGAGUUCAGCUGACUUCAUUUCUCAUUAAUGUUUCCACAUGAUUUCCUCCUCCAUUCCCACAUCUUUUAUUGUGAUUUAAUAGCCACAGACCAGUAAUAGGCACCACUCCACAAUGAAGCUGCAAUGGAACUGUUUUACUAAUGUUGCUUUUAAAACUCCAAACAAACACUCCAACACCUUGAGGGUCCACACUGAGUCAUGCUCCUCUGACCUAGUGACCCAGUGCAUUACAGGGCAAAAAUACGACAAGUUGCCUUACAGUUGCACCACACUGCGCUUAAACUGAGACUGAAUGGGCGCUGCACUCCUGUAUUCAGAGCAGGAAGCAGAGAGGAUUAUGGUUAGUGGUUUUCAAACUGUAGCUGGUCCUGCCUGCUUCCUGCACACACUCCUAUCAUUUCAGAACUGUACUGAUGAUGCCUAAUGCAUACUGUUUAAGUCUAAGGGCUGGUUUCACAGACACAGAGUGACACCAUACUAACUCCAAAUGUCUAUGUAACCUUUCACAGGCCAAACUAUUUCUGAGAAAAAUCCCAGAGGGCACCAAAACAAGACAAAUAAUUCAUUAAAAAAAAUUAAUGAAAAGUGCAAUACAGUUACUUUAUGCUAAUUAGGGAACUGCAAUUUCAUGCUGAAAUUUUUAGUUUUUGUAAGUGCGAGUUCACUUACCCUACCUAGGAAGUCUGUCUCACUCACUCAGUAAUCAGAGGUCCCGAGCCAGCAGCCUUGGAGCUGAUAGCACCCAGUGUCCUUCUCAGCCACCUCAUCAACACCUGCUGUUUCCUUCUCUUAAGUGGUUUCAGCAGUAGCAGUCACAGCCAUUGAUGAACUCAGUUGUAACAUCUGAAUUCCAGCCUAUUGUAUCUUGAUUUGAGUCCAAACUUGACGCUGGAUUCAGCUAAGACACUGGCCUAACAUGUUCUCAGACUUGGGUUGUUGUUUCAUCUCUGAUGCGGUGUGUUUAUGGUGUGAAAAGGAAGCAAACCACACCAAACACAGUGAGUCUAGCUGUGAUUUCUAGCCUGAAAUCAACAGAUACAUGACUAUAGAAUUGAUCUUUUAAUUGGAAAUAAGUAUUUUGAAACCCAUUAUAUUGCCUGAAAUUAGCUUAUUGCUAAUAUAUCAGCUUAUUAUUGAUAUACCGAUGAUGGUGUACUGUAUGUUUCAAGCAAGAGGAACCUUCAGACCAAAAAGCCAGAAGAUUGCAGGUAAUUCAGAAGCAGUGUCAUCAUUACAUAUUUUGCCCUGUAGAGAGCACUGUUUAUUUUUCUAUUGUACUGUAAAUGUAACUUUUGUGUAUCAUGAUUGUUUAUGCAUUUAAAAAAAUCACUAUCGGCCAAUAUACCAUUAUCAGUCUUCUUAUACUUAAUUCAUGGUUCUGUCAAUGUCGCUUCUAAUUAACAGCUCGUUCACAUAUACACGCUCUUAGACUGAUAAGAAAACCCAGACUUAACAAAGCCAGUUGAUUACUGGGUUCGUGGUACCGGGUAACCACGACAACCAAUGUUAGGCUCAGUGAAGGCAGAUAACCCCAGGUUAGCUAGGCUAAGUUGAACUUGUUUUGUGGUACAGACCUCAGCUGUCAGUCAUCUGGCUCUGUCUCUCCAUUGACAAUAAGAACCUUUUUGUGUGUUGUUUUGUUUUGUUUUUACAGUAAUGGCAGGUUCUGGGAAUGUCAAAUAGUUAACGUUACAACCAAAAGCAGUGCCAUAGAAUUCGUUGACAUGACUGCUAUCUUCCAAAGUAAGAAGCUGAAAUCAGUAAUAAUUAAACUUGACAUUUUGAGUUGGUGCCGUGUCAAAACACGUUUUAAAACCUUUUUAACGUCUCUCUCAAACAUUAGGUCACUAUAAUAAUUUGGUACCUAGCUAACUAGCUAAAUUAGCUGAGCUAUGUACAACAGUAGAACAGAAUUAGUUUGCAAGGCUGUAAAAGUCAGUAAAAGCAGUAUUUUGCUGACAAGUUCCACCGUUCCCAACAGAAAACAAUGGAUCUGAAGCGACUGGAGUAGCAUGACCUGCUGCCAUUUUUAAAUAUACAGCGUCGUAACUCUUCUAAUUGUAAGGGCUCUGCUGAUGAUGCAGGAUGACAUAACAGACCUGUCCAGUGAAUGGUGCCGUGUAUGUUUCAAGUUCCAGAGGAAGUGAUUGUUCUUGUAACACUCCAUUUCUGUUGUAGGCCAAAAUGUGUACAUAUCAACAUGGAUAGACACAGGUGCAAUGAUGCUUUCUUGCUCUGUCUUCAUUGUAGGUAUCACCAGUUUUGUGAAACCAGCCUUUAUAAAACACCUUUUAAUAAGUGAAGACUGUAAAGAGAGAGACAGAUCUAUAUAUUUACUGAGUUUUAUAUUAGUGCCAUGUUAGAGCUGUAUUCAGAGCCACUCAGUUGUCGUACAGCUGUGUACAGUAUAUAGUGCCGAACCCGAACGUGUGCCCAUAAGAAUGACUGGCUGACACUGGCCUGCAGAAAUGGAGAGACAGGCAGGGGAGGACACUGUUUGUGUGCCUGAACUGUGUGUGUGUGUGUGUGUUAUUGUGUACCUGUGAAUGUGUUUCAGUGAGUGCCAUAUGUGUGUGUGAGCAGUUAGGAAAGACUGUAAUAGUGUGUCCUUUCUCCUCUCUUCCUGUCUCCCUCCUCCCUCUCGCUCUAACUCCAGCUGGUUAUAAUGAACAUAACCACAAAUUAAUACUUGGAAUGUAAUACUGGAUGACCUAUAUGUAAUUAACCUCCAAUGUCCCAGAGGCAAAUGCAGAGAAAGAAAGCUAAAGUGAAGUCCCCUUUUCUUAAAUAUUUCAACCCACAUUGGGUUGGAAAUCAAAAAAAAUUACUAGCUAUACCUGGGAGGGUAGUUUUUAAGUGAAUGAGAUUAUAUUAUGUGCCCACAAUUUAGACACUCCACACAGUGUUCUGUUUUCAUUUCACUGCACAUCUGGCCACUACUUCAUGUAGCCUUGGUGAGACAAGUUGAGGACAGGAAGAGAAGAAGUGUCUUCUGGUCACGGUUCCAGUGAUUUCUUCUAUACUUGUAAUCAUGUUAAGCCUGAGUUGAUCAUUGAUCAAUAAAACUGUUGAACACUGA